AUGUCGGAGACAAAGAAAAAAUACCGAAUUACAACUCUGUCGGUUUUACUAAGCGAAAUGUUUAACGAACCCGAAAACGAGACUAUGGCGGCCACGGCUUUAGAUUCGGAAAUCACUAAAAGUGAUAAAUAUUCCAUAUUAUUACCUACUUACAACGAAAGAGAGAACUUACCCAUUAUAAUAUGGCUAAUAGUCAAUUGCUUAGACAAAAGUGGAUAUGACUAUGAAGUGAUUAUAAUUGACGAUGGAAGUCCAGACGGUACUCAGGAUAUAGCCAAACAGUUGCAAAAGAUAUAUGGGUCGAAUAAGAUCAUUCUUCGUCCGAGGGAGAAAAAACUGGGUUUAGGCACUGCUUAUAUACACGGCAUGAAGCAUGCGACCGGUAAUUUCAUUAUUAUUAUGGACGCUGAUCUUAGUCACCACCCAAAAUUCAUCCCAAAGUUCAUAGAACUGCAACGCGAGCAUGACCUUGAUGUAGUGUCUGGUACUCGGUAUAAGGAUGAUGGUGGGGUCCAUGGGUGGGACUUUAAACGGAAGCUGAUAUCACGGACUGCUAACUUCAUCACCCAGAUGUUAUUGAGGCCUGGUGCUUCGGAUCUUACGGGGUCUUUUAGGUUAUACAAGAAAGAUGUCCUCCAAAAGUUGAUAGACAGCUGUGUGUCCAAAGGCUAUGUAUUUCAAAUGGAAAUGAUUAUUAGGGCAAGACAACUGGAUUACACUAUCGGAGAAGUCCCAAUCACGUUCGUGGAUCGCGUCUACGGCGAAUCAAAACUCGGAGGCUCAGAGAUCAUACAGUUUGCCAAAGCAUUACUGUACUUAUUUGCUACCACAUAA